AUGAAAGUUCAAGUGAAGUCCCAGAAAUCUUGGAUUGAAGGCGUAUUCAGUAAAAGAGAAUGUGCUAAAAUCAUACCAAGUUCCAGAGAUCCUCACAGAUGUCCUGAAGGAUGCCAAGUAUGCCAGAAUUUAAUCCGAUGUUGCUGUGGACGACUAAUUGGUGACCAUAUUGGGUUAGAUUAUGAUUGGCCUGCAAAGGCGAAUGUGAAUAAGGAAUGGUCUGUCGAAAUGGACACAGUGACAAGCCCCACUGAUGCAUUUGGUACUAUCAAUUUCCAAGAUAGUGAUCAUACCUACCAUGCCAAGUAUAUCAGAACCUCUUAUGAUACCAAACCGGAUCAGUUGCUGCAACUCAUGGUGAAAGAAUGGCAGAUGGAAUUGCCAAAACUGGUCAUUUCUGUUCAUGGUGGCAUCCAGAACUUCAAACUUCCAUCUAAACUUAAACAGCUUUUCAGCAAAGGCUUGACCAAAGCUGCUGAGACCACAGGAGCAUGGAUACUAACAGAAGGCACCAACACUGGAGUGUCCAGGCAUGUGGGAGAUGCAUUGAAAAUCCAUGCUUCUCAACAUUUAAGAAAGAUUUGUGCUGUUGGGAUCCCCCCUUGGGGUAUAAUUGAAAACCAGAAGGACCUAAUUGGGAAAGAUGUAGUAUCCCUGUAUCAGACACUGAGCAACCCGCUCAGCAAGCUCAGCACCCUCAACAGCAUGCAUUCCCACUUCAUACUGGCUGAUGAUGGCACAGUCGGCAAGUAUGGCAAUGAGAUGAAGCUCAGGAGAAAUCUGGAGAAGUAUCUGUCACUGCAGAAAAUACAUACUAGAAUGAGCCAAGGAGUACCUUUAGUUGGUCUGCUGGUGGAAGGUGGUCCCAAUGAGAUCCUGACAGUGCGGGAAUACGUGACGGAUAAACCUGCUGUCCCAAUAGUAGUAUUUGAGGGAACUGGUCGAGCUGCUGACCUUCUUGCUUUUACUCAUAAACACACAGCCGAUGUGAUGAAUCUGAGCCCUCAGCUUAAGGGAGAGAUAGUAUUAAUGAUUCAGAACACCUUCAGUUUGGGGCCGAAACAGUCUCAUCACGUAUUUAAAAUUUUAACAGAGUGCAUGGAACACCGGGAUUCUAUAACCAUAUUUGAUGCAGAAUCAGAAGAACACCAGGACGUUGAUACAGCAAUCCUGACUGCACUCCUAAAAGGGACAAAUUUAUCUGCUCCAGAUCAGUUAAAUCUGGCACUGGUCUGGAACAGACUGGACAUUGCAAAGAAGCAUAUAUUGGUUUAUGGACAACACUGGAAGGUUGGUUCCUUGGAACAAGCAAUGCUGAAUGCUUUGAUCAUGGAUCGUGUAGAAUUUGUGAAGUUGCUCAUAGAGCAUGGAGUGAAUCUGCACCGUUUUCUUACCAUAUUCCAGCUGGAAGAACUGUACAAUACAAAACAUGGGCCAACAAAUCUUCUUUUACAUCAACUCGUUUGUGAUGUGAAACAGAGUACUCUUCCAGUGGACUAUACAGUAACGCUGAUUGAUAUUGGGCUGGUAAUAGAAUAUUUGAUUGGGGGAGCUUAUCAGAGCAGCUACACAAGAAAGCAUUUCAGAGUUCUGUACAACAGCCUUUACAGGAAGCGUAAGGGCAUCACGUCCAGUUUGACACCAAAAACCCCUCUUCAUCAGCAUAAUCGUAUGGGAAGCAGAAGUGGAUCUGUUGAGAACAUCUCACAUUCCCAGUUUAUCAGAACAGCCCAGCCAUACAAAGAAAAAUCAACCAUUCUUCAUAAGUCCAGGAAGAAGCUCAAAGAUGAAUUUACUGUCUCUGAUGACCAAGAGUCAGUAGGCUUUAUUUACCCAUAUAAUGAUCUCUUGGUUUGGGCAGUGUUGAUGAAAAGGCAAAAAAUGGCCAUGUUCUUCUGGCAGCACGGAAAGGAGGCUAUGGUGAAGGCAGUAGUAGCUUGCAAACUCUACCGAGCCAUGGCACGUGAAGCCAAGCAGAGCAACAUGGAAGAUGAUAUAUCAGAAGAAUUGAAGAAGUAUUCAAACGAGUUUGGGCAGCUUGCUCUGGAUGUACUGGACAAUGCAUUCAGGCAAAAUGAACAAAUGGCCAUGAAGCUGCUGACAUAUGAGCUGAAGAACUGGAGCAACUCCACGUGCCUGAAGCUUGCUGUGUCAGUGGGCUUGCGGCCCUUUGUGUCUCACACGUGCACACAGAUGCUGUUGACCGAUAUGUGGAUGGGGCGGCUGAAAAUGCGGAAAAACUCCUGGUUCAAGGUGAUUCUGAGUAUUCUUCUGCCUCCUACCAUCUUGAUGCUGGAGUUCAAAAGCAAGGCUGAGAUGUCCCAUGUACCUCAAUCACAGGAAUUCCAUCAGUUCACAUGGUACUAUGGGGAUCCCAGUACCUCCAAUGUUAAAGAUGACCUCCCAUUGAACAAAUGUGAUUUAGAGAUAGGAGCUGAAAAGAAACAUGAAAGUCAGACAUUUCCCAUCAAUACUGAGCAGGGAAGCCUUCCCGGGACUAGAAAGGUCUAUGAAUUCUACAAUGCCCCAAUUGUCAAGUUCUGGUUUCACACGAUGGCCUAUCUGGCCUUUCUCAUGCUGUUUACUUACACUGUCUUGGUGGAGAUGAAACCAACACCCAGCGUGCAGGAAUGGCUUGUGAUUAUCUACAUUUUCACCACUUCAAUUGAGAAAGUCAGAGAGGUAUUUAUUUCAGAGCCAGGAAAGUUCAGCCAAAAGGUGAAAGUAUGGAUUUAUGAGUACUGGAAUUUUACAGAUUCUAUUGCCAUCCUCUUGUUCAUGACUGGCUUUGGCUUACGCUUGGCUGAACCUCCACUUCACACAGCAGGAAGGCUAAUAUAUUGCCUGGAUAUAAUAUUCUGGUACACCAGGCUCCUCGAUUUCUUUGCUGUGAAUCAACAUGCAGGUCCAUACUUGACCAUGAUUGGGAAAAUGACAGCAAACAUGUUCUAUAUUGUAAUUAUGAUGGCUAUUGUAUUGUUAAGUUUUGGAGUUUCUCGGAAAGCCAUACUCUCUCCGCAUGAGCAGCCAUCAUGGACUCUUGCAAAAGAUAUUGUAUUUCAGCCUUAUUGGAUGAUGUUUGGGGAAGUAUAUGCAGGGGAAAUUGAUGCUUGUGCAUCAGACCCAGAAUGUCCGCCCGGUUCCUUCCUCACACCAUUCCUUCAAGCUGUCUACCUCUUUGUGCAAUACAUCAUCAUGGUCAAUUUGCUGAUUGCCUUUUUCAAUCAUGUUUAUUUUGAUAUGAAAUCCAUAUCGAACAAACUGUGGAAAUAUAACCGCUACCGCUACAUCAUGAUGUAUCAUGAAAAGCCGUGGCUGCCACCUCCAUUCAUCAUACUGAGCCACAUCGGCAUCCUCAUAAACUGCCUGUGCCAUCGCCGGCUGCCAAAUGAACUGGAUCACGAGGAGGGGCAUGUUGAACUGAAGCUGUACCUUAGUGAUGAGGAAUUGAAAAAACUUCAUGAUUUUGAAGAGCAGUGUGUAGAAAUGUACCUUCAUGAGAAGAAUGAGAGUCUCCAUUCCAGUGACAGUGAAAGAAUCCGUGUGACAACAGAAAGAGUACAGGAGAUGUUUUUCCAGCUGAAGGAAGUUCAUGAGAAAGUAUUUUAUAUCAAAGAUGCUUUGCUUGCCCUGGACAGCCAACUGGGACAUUUGCAAGACCUCUCAGUUUUAACUGUUGAUACACUGAAAGUCAUUUCAGCUGUGGACACUUUGCAAGUUGAGGAAGCCCUUCUUGUUGAUAAGAAGUAUCAAGCAUGUCGGACGCUUCCUCAUAGCUGGAGCAAUGCUAUGUAUUCCAAGGUCUUGAGCAGUAUGGAAAGUGUGAGUGCAAAGAAGUACAAUUACUACAGCAUGCCCCCUUCCCUUCAGAGAAGCUUGGCAAGGAACCAGUGGUCAGCAGGAGGUCAUCAUCCCAUUCAUGGUCCUAUAGACUGCAGUGAGAUACAAUCCACACACAAACAUCAGGAGCAGGGCACUGAAAAUGACACUCUCACCUCUGGAGCGUCUUCAGGGAGCAAAUCAGUUCCUAGGUGUGGACAUGGACAAUUUCUUCUUGUUCCUUCUGCUCAACCAGGAGCCUCUGAAGAUGCUGGCUUAAGUCUUACCUUUUCAACUAGGCUGAAUGAGCUGAGUGAAGAUGGACUGAAAACUAAGCCCCAAACCAAGCAUGGCAGCCCCACUGCACAGCUGAAUGUACACAGUGCUGCCGAUGCUGCAGAAUAUGAGCCAGUUUGCAGUCAGGGUCAGGAAGCGCAGUGCUUGCCAGCUGAGGAGAACAGUGAGGCUCCAGUCGAACAACCUUUGUCCAUGCAAACAUCUAGCGUUGCCAGUGAUAUCUCUCAACUUUCUCAUCAACAUAGUGAGGAAACAGAAGGAGGCUAUGUGAAUUGGGGUUUUUCGGAUGACGAAAAGGGCUUUCUGAGCAGUACAUCAAGGCAGCAGCCAUGCCUUCCUUCUCUUGAUAACAAAAACUGCAGCUGUACCUCUCGACAUGUGCAGAUCAAGGAAUCCAAAUCAUUCUCCUACAGUUCUGACAGAUCAGAAUACAGUAGUGACAGCUCACAGUCUCAUCUCCCCUUCCGGCGCAGCAUGUCGGUCUGGAUCAAUCCGCUUAGGAACAAAUGGCCUUUCUACAAAGAGAGUGGUUUUUCCUCUGACCAUGCAGACCUAGUGGAAAAGCCCUGCAAAAUAAAAGGCAAUGCCCACACAUUGUUUGAGCUUUCAAAAUCUACUGAGCUGUGCCAGUCAGUAUGGGCAAAGGCAAAGCUUGGAAGCAAAGAAAUGAAAAAAGUGAGGAAAAAACAGAAACCUCUUCAGGUGCCGGUGAUCACUGUCGAUGGUUGUCCCCAGAGCACCCAAGUUAGUUCAGAGCCUUUUGAGAGCAGUUCUUUGUUUGACAAACAGAAGCACAGAACCAACUGGCUAACAGUAGCUCGCUUCAGUCAGCUAAGUUUGGAUCACAUCAGUUGUAUGCAUCAGAACCUGAAAAAUCAAGAAACUGUGAAACACACAGUACAGAUUUGUGACUACCUGAGGCAAUCACAAGAGGAUUUAAAUAACAGUGUGACUUGGACUAGAAAGAGUAGACAGAAUAAUUUGAUUGGGAGCCCACUGUUGAGACAUUCAGAUGGAGAUGACGAAAUCUCAUCCUCCUUAAAACCUCCUCAAGAUCUGCACCAUCAUUACUCAGCCGUUGAAAGGAACAAUUUAAUGAGAUUGGCUCAAACAAUACCUUUUACACCAGUGCAGCUUUUGGCUGGAGAAGAGGUGACAAUCUAUAGAUUAGAAGAAAGCUCGCCUUUGAACCUUGAUAAAAGCAUGUCAUCCUGGUCCCAGCGUGGCAUGGCUGCUAUGAUCCAAGUUUUGUCUCAGGAGGAAAUGGAUGGAGGCCUGCGGAGGGCCUUGAAAGUUGUCUGCACCUGGGCUGAGAAGGAUGUGCUACAGCCGGGUCACAUCUUCAUUGUAAAGUCCUUCCUCCCCGAAGUGGUUCAAACCUGGCAAAAGGUUUUCCAUGAAGGCACAGUGCUGCACCUCUGCCUCAGGGAAAUACAGCAACAAAGGGCAGCUCAGAAGUUGAUAUAUACCUUCAAUCAAGUGAAGCCACAUACCAUUCCAUAUAGCCCAAGAUUCCUGGAAGUCUUUUUAAUGUAUUGCCACGCAGCUAAUCAGUGGCUGACAAUAGAAAAGUAUAUGACAGGAGAGUUCUGCAAAUACAAUAACAACAAUGGAGAUGAGAUCACACCUACCAAUUUGCUGGAAGAAGUAAUGUUGGCUUUUUCUCACUGGACAUAUGUGUAUACUCGAGGAGAACUCCUCGUGCUGGAUUUGCAAGGGGUUGGAGAGAAUCUUACAGACCCAUCCGUUAUUAAACCUGAAGACAAGCAAUCUAGAGGGAUGGCAUUUGGACCAGCAAACCUUGGAGAGGAAGCAAUCAAAAAUUUCAUUUCAAAGCAUUGCUGCAAUUCCUGUUGCAGGAAACUCAGACUUCCUGAUCUGAAAAGAAAUGAUUACACCCCUGGGAGCCUUAACCCAGCUUUUGAUGCUGAAGCAGAAGCCAUGGCAGAAGCAGGAGAUGAGACUCCUGGCAAUGAUGAACCUCUGGAAUAUUGUACUCGAUUGUGA